GGAUUCGAGAAAAUCAGUCCCCAGAACGGCAUCGAACAGAUCAAGAACGCCCAAUAAGGUUAGUAUUUCGUUCGCCGAGGACUCGGGUGCAUUAGUAAAAACAAUUUUUUUCAUUCUUGAAGGAAAGGAUUCCAAAAACGACCGCAGUGCGUCGUCUUUUGAGAAAUAUUUGUCGGCUCCUUUUCGUAUGUAUUCGUCGUAAUGUUUUGAGUCAAAUUCAUAUCCCUCUCCAAUGAGACCCCGUUUGGUUAAGUUAUAUUUUUCAAAGAUGGGUUGCCACACUUUAUGGGCUUCUUCUAAAUUGGUGAUAGCAUCGAAUUUUCCUCCCUCCGUUUCGACCAUGAAUUUGAAAAUAUUUGAAUGAAUCUCUUCUUCGUACCCGCAUGCAUGGUCGUACAGUGUUCCGUCCAAGUCGAACAACAGCGUAUCUAUUCUCUCGUCACCGCCAUUUUGUAGGACUUCUGGAUGCACUAUGUUCGUCGUCAAUUUUUCCUUUGAAGUCAUGCCGCAGCAUUGUCAUUGUUUUGCCAGGGUUUGGAAACUGGCAAUUCCUUUCAUUAUUUCAUUGUUUUGCGUUACUCGUACUUUUUGGAAGUGUGGUACGUACGGUUGUGAGGCAAUACCACGUAGCAAAUCACUUAAAUCACGAGUGAAUAGUGAGUGAAUGGUAAGUGACAGCAAUACUAGGCACAACCACUCAACUCACUCUUUACUGUAAACCAUGUAUUAUUGUACACUAAGGAGUCUAUCAGUAUUCACAGGUUAUGAGCAACAAUAACAUACCACAGCUCAUCACCAUCAUCAGCAACAUAACAAAGACAUAAGAAGAAGCUUUCAACCUGGCCAAGGAAGAAUGCACCAGGACCUUUAGCAGCAGCACUUAGCAAGCCCCGAAUCAGACAAUUUCGAAAGAGAACCCCCCAUACUGAAACCAUGUAGAACCCUACGGUACAGAUUCUUCAAACACUGGUGUCAACACAGCAAGAAUAUUGACACCAACAUCACCAAACCUGUGAUAGCUACAUUAAAACAACACACCAGCUACCACCAAAACAACCAAAAUGGCACCAACACAGAAACAGUCAUCUUACAAGCAAAAUGAGAAGUAACMUUUCAAGCUGCAGACACCAUUAAGGACCUCCACAAUUUCAAGCUGCAGACACCAUUAAGGACCUCCACAACGGCCUGGCAAAAACAAAGAAUAGUCAAAACUCACCAGUCAUGAACAAGACAUCACACUGGAGAUGGAUCAAACAGCCUCAGCUGCCCAGGAAAGCAUUGCAGUAACCAAGCAUAACAGAAACUGAUAUCAGAAGAUCUAUCAAGGAACACCUAUUGACAGAUCCCUCUGUGGAAGACACCAUAAAAACCAAAAUAGCCUCCUCACUCAACACCAUUGUCACCUCAAAAGAUUUUUGAACAAACAUUGAUACCUCCAUCCAUACAUAUGUAACUCAAUCACCAACACUGAAAAAACUAAUUAGUCACCAAGUACAAGGCAGCAUCAUUAGCACCAACAACAGUAAAUAUCCAUCAAGAAAGAACCAACAACAAAAACAAAAUACAUGCAUAACAAUAACUCACCUACACAACAGUCUGUUGGCAACAGAUGGAGAAAUUCAAUAAAUUAAUCCCAAUCACCAGCCACUACCUCACCUCUACUGAAUUCACAGCAAUAUAUAAUGAACUGUAUGGAAUAAUGCAGCUGGAACGCCUUCUCCUAGUAGCACUGCUGGAUGGCCUACCUGACCUUGGAACAUGAAUCCCACCAAACCAUGGGGAAACUCAGGAAAAUAUUGAGAAGAUAGGAGCCUACAUCUACCAAAGGAUCUCUUGACUCCUUCCAAGUGGUCACCCUCCAUGGUCUCUUAUCCCCCUGUACACAACAAAGACAAGACUAUGAAGCACUAUAUGCCCUGCCUCAUGCGUCACUCUCUGGAUUACCUUCUUGAGCCAACCAAAAAAUAGCUGGGGCCUAGAACGGACAGCACAGGAUGACCCUGGUACAUAUGUUGGAAAGCCCCAGGACCACGUGAAGAACAGCCACCUGAGCCACAAUUACAUCUGCACAGAAUUUGAACAAAGUUAUGGACUGGUAUGAUACCAAGCAAUGAUGACACACUUCAACUAUACAGCAGGAUGUUGCCUACUGGUACAACUUGAUAAUCAUGGACAAGUAACCCCAAACUUCAAACACAAGCCUGUUCCAGACCAUUUGCAACUAACAUUGCUCACAACCUUAAUUAUGGAUCACCCAAACAUUACACCAGCAAACACCCAAGAACCAAUACCAACCAAUCAUUACAAGAAAGGUCGACACAACCAACACUUGCAAGAACAAUUUUGAAUAUAAAAACAAGGUUCAGUAUGAAUGUUGCCACACAUAUGGCCAUAAGAACAUCAGGGACCAAAUUUGCYGGUUUGGCGAUCAAAUGCACGUUGCACAAAAAUAUCCCUCAUCACUGCCAACCAAAUUGAAAAACAAUWAAGUCAAACAUGAUGACAACACAAACAGCAAGAAAGUAGACAAUCACUUUGAAAGCCACCUCAAUGGAAGAUGCAUCACUGGAAUGGAACAAGAACAAGAACAAGAACAAGAACAAGAACAAGANGAACAAGAACAAGAACAAGAACAAGAACAAGAACAAGAGGAUCUGACACAGCUCUUCACAUGAUCCAUGGUACCUGAGGAAUAGGAUACACAUCUUGUUCCUAGCAGAGCUUAGUCUACAAAACACAACCAUGAUCCAACCUCUUCAUGUCACCAGCAGGAACAAUGUGGCAUAGUACAAAAACUUUGCCCAUGCAGCAUCCCUUUCGCAUGUACCAAACCACAUGACAACCACCAUAUAUUUGAGCACACCACCAAUCUUGACUAACAACAAUGAAACAAAAUAUCCACAGAGGGAAUACACCAAGAACCACCAUGGUCCCCCAAAGCCUUUCAUAAUUAGGUCUUUUGCGGUUCGCUUCAAGUGGAAGUCAAACUGUCAUCAUCCAGUCGUGGCAUGAAAUGUAUUUUGUGGAAGAAACUGUUAUCUUUCAAAGAAACGGCGACUAUUGGCUCUGUAUAGUUUCUGGAAGAAACAGUUUAUAGAGCCUAAAAACAGCCAUUCAUUUUGUACUACAGUCUACGUUAAAAAAACUUCAUACCUGAUUUUUAGGUUUUCUACCCCCUCAGACUCCCCUUUCCAUCAACAAUUUCAGUCGAGAAAAAACUAUUCUAGUAUUUUUUUUUCUUCUCGACUUCCAUGAUAAAAGGGGGAUGCGCGGAUUUUGAUUUAGUCGUAAAGAAACGCCUGUCCGUCACUCGUUCCUUCGACAGAAAAAUUAGCGUUCUAAUCUUCCGUUUUCUUUCUGGUUCACAUGGAUUACAGAUCGUUCUUCRUUACGGUGCGAGAUGCGAUUGCAACAGCGACUACGACCAACAUCAAUUACCCAUAGCUAUCCAGCAUUCUAUGGGGAAGAUACUAUCACUGUAGAGAACCACAGCUUCCCAAAAAAUGAAGUCAAUGAUUUCUGCUUCCCAAAAAUUAACUGCAUGCAGUGCUAUACUGGCAAGACGGACAUGUAAUAAUGGAUUACGGCCGAUGUCCCUUCUUGUGGAGCGGCAACAAAAGCAACCGCAUCUGUCGUCUUYCCCAUCCUCUUCUAUCAUCGCCCAUGAUCCAAGCCGUAAACAGUUUUCAUUUCUUCGCCGAAGUACACCAGUUUCGAUGAUGGCGAAACUCGAAAUUUUAUCGUUGGGAAGCGAAGAUGUGACAUCUGGAAUUUUGACUCAGAUCUUGCCCGUGAAUUCUAUGGUACGCGCAGGGGAUGUGGUGGCUACCGUUAUACUCUCUCCGAGGAUAGAGACAAUUGGAAGCGACACCAUCAAGGAGGACGAGACGAGAAGCGAUAAUUAUGAUGUAGAAGAGUUGUCGGUCUAUGCACCAAAAACAGGUAGAAUAAUGGAAGUCUUUCACCAGAUCCGGGACCCAAUUUCGAUUGGAGAUUGUUUAAUGGACAUUGACGACGCAGAUUUUCAAGCCGAUAUGAAGGUAUUGGAGGAGCAGCUGCAAAAGAUUCUGGGUUCCCAAGAGGGUCAACCGAAACUGCCUAAAGAUUAUAUGGAUACUUUGUUGAAAAUCGAAGACCCGUUCCGUCUUCAAACAAUCGUGCAGCAUAUUCCUGGCCCACUACAGAGCCAGACGUUACCACUUUAUGAACGCUUGCUGGUGCUACAAAAAGAUGAUCUCGCUGAACUCUCUAAGGUGCACACUCAAAUAGGGGUUGUACUUUACAAGUUGGGGGAUCUUGAAUUGACUCUACAGCAUCUACACAAGGCAUUGGAGUGUCGCCAAGAAGCUCUGGGCAGCGACCAUCCUCAGGUUGCAGCUACUUGCAUCCAUCUGGGCGCCUUGUACCGAACUGCGGGAGAUUUCGAAAAUUCGUUAAAAUAUAUGUUGCAAGCCGUCGAAAUUCAGGAAAAAGCGUUGGGAGAUGACCAUCCCGUCGUUGCAUCCAGCUACAACAACAUCGGCGCCUUGCACUAUCAGACCAACGAUUUUGCCAGGGCCAUUCGAGAGUACGAAAAAGCUCUCAAUAUUCACCUUAAAAACAAAGGCGAACUAGACCCAGAUACAGCUGGAACCUAUCAUAAUCUUGGUGUUGCUUGGAAGCAUUUAGGAGAUUACAACACGGCGCAAGAAAAACUUCUCAAGGCCCUGAACAUUCGCCAAGAGCAACACAAACAACAACAAAUACAAACUUCACAUGAUGAUAACGAACAGAAUGCGAAUACUAGUGGUCCACCUAUUGCUUCUGAUGUAGCAGUUAGCCAUACAACUUUGGGUCAACUUUACGCCGAAAUGGCCAAUUUUGAAGCCGCCAUGGAACAAUACGAAGCCGCAUUGGCCAUUCAACAACAGAUCCACGGACCCGACUCGCCGAUGACAGCGACGAGCCACAACAACAUUGGUGCUGUACACUAUGAGACAGGCAAAUAUUCUGAUGCCUUGGAGAUCUACCAGAAGGCUCUAGAUAUCUUGCGUGGCAAAGAACCAAAUCACCCAGAUGCGGCUGCCUCGUGGAAUAACGUUGGCUUGACGUAUCUAAAAAUGGGAGAAGCGGAGAAGGCUUUGGAACACCACCAGGAGGGGCUUCAAAUUUUGUCCAAUCUCUAUGGACCUAGACAUCCAAACCUUGCAACAACAAUUGGGAGCAUUGGGAAUGUUUACAAGGCACAAGAACAAUGGGAGAAGGCCUUAGGAGAGUACCAAAUAGCACACGAAUUGCUCGAAACAGCCCUGGGAACCUCGCAUCACCCCGACGUGGCAAGUUCCUUCAACAAUAUGGGAUUAGUCCUGAGUCACUUACCAGGUCGGGAAGCCGAGGCAUUGGAAAAGUACCGCUCGGCGUGCGAAGCGUUCGAAAAAUCCUUGGGUUCGGAACAUCCCCACGUUGGUUCCUGUAAGUUUAACAUCGCCCUUAUGCUUCAAUCCCAGGGGUCAAUUGAGGAGGCCAAAACCGAAUUUCAGGCAGCACGAGAUAUAUGGAAAACCCACUUUGGACCGGAGCACGUGCAUGUAGAAGCUGCGCAAAAGGGUGUGGACGAAUGUAGUUAAAAUGCAAGUUUGAAGCCAGCUAGCUAUAUACAUCGUAGAUUAUACCGCGAAGUACUACCUUGCAUAGUCUAAGGCAAUAGUAUUGUCCGGUAAAUUGUGUUUAAUUGUUUGAAAUUAGUAUGUUGAGUUGUGCUUCGAAUAUGCAUCCUUCUUCUCUUCAAUGUAGCGUAAUGAUACUAAAUUUUGUUUGGUGAGGAGCUUUUGCCAAGAAAGAUGAGAAAGUAAUGCAUUUCAUGACACUUUGAAUACAUGGUGGAUACGUACCGUAGGUCCUUAAAACGAGAACUGGAACUUUCAGCAUGAAAAUAAUUUAAACUGUAACUUUUUUCGAAGGCUGUUGUAAAAUUAAAUAUAAACUUACUUU